UCACUGUUGGGCGCCGCGGCGCGCUUUCGCCCGGCGCCUCUGGGCUGCACACCUCUUGUGGAUUUGUCUCUCUCUUUCCCCUCUUUCUUUUCAGAUCUUCUACCGAUUUUUGUCGCCGAGGCGGUGACGGCGGUCACGCUGGUGCCGAACAAGUCGCUGACGAUGCCGUCCUCGCUCGUGUGUCCACCAGCCGCGGCGGUCACGCCUGCGGCGGUCGCGGCCCAGCAGGAGGCUCUGGAGAAUGCCGGGCGGCUCAUCGACCGCCAAGUCCAAGAUGACCGCCUCUAUCCCGACCUGUCGGAGCUGCUCAUGGUGCCGUCCCUAUGUAAUCCCACAGUUUCAGGCAUGUCAGACAUGGAUUAUCCUCUCCAAGGACCUGGUUUGCUCUCAGUACCCAAUCUUCCAGAGAUCAGUUCCAUUCGAAGAGUUCCUCUCCCCCCUGAACUUGUUGAACAGUUUGGCCAUAUGCAGUGUAACUGUAUGAUGGGGGUAUUUCCUGAAAUUGGGAGGGCCUGGCUCACCAUUGACAGUGACAUAUUUAUGUGGAACUAUGAAGAUGGAGGAGACCUUGCCUACUUUGAUGGACUUAGUGAAACUAUUCUUGCUGUGGGCCUUGUGAAGCCAAAACCUGGUAUUUUUCAGCCUCAUGUAAGACACCUUCUCGUUCUGGCCACCCCUGUAGAUAUAGUGAUUCUAGGACUCAGCUAUGCUAAUUUUCAAAUAGGUGUUGGAGCCCUUAAUGAUAGCAUGUCAGGAGGAAUGCAGUUACUUCCAGACCCUUUGUAUUCACUGCCCACUGACAAUACUUAUCUUUUGACAAUUACUUCUACGGAUAAUGGUAGAAUUUUCUUAGCUGGAAAGGAUGGCUGUUUAUAUGAAGUAGCAUACCAAGCAGAAGCCGGCUGGUUUAGCCAGAGGUGCAGAAAGAUAAACCACUCAAAGAGCUCACUUUCUUUCCUUGUUCCAUCUUUGCUGCAAUUUACAUUCUCAGAAGAUGAUCCCAUUUUACAGAUUGCAAUUGACAAUUCCAGGAAUAUCUUAUACACUCGCUCAGAAAAAGGUGUGAUACAGGUUUAUGAUUUGGGUCAAGAUGGAAAAGGAAUAUGCAGAGUUGCUUCUGUUUCACAGAAUGCUAUUGUUUGUGCUGCUGGAAACAUUGCAAGGACCAUAGAUCGUUCCGUUUUUAAACCAAUUGUCCAAAUAGCAGUGAUUGAAAAUUCAGAAUCCAUAGACUGUCAGUUACUGGCAAUCACGCAUGCAGGUGUAAGAUUAUAUUUCAGUACAUGCCCAUUUAGGCAGCCAUUAGCAAGGCCCAAUACACUGAUACUAGUUCAUGUCCGCUUACCUCCUGGAUUCUCCGCUUCUUCAACUGUGGAAAAGCCAUCAAAAGUGCAUAGAGCACUUUAUAGCAAAGGUGUUCUACUGAUGGCAGCCUCAGAAAAUGAAGAUAAUGACAUUUUGUGGUGUGUUAAUCAUGACACCUUCCCAUUCCAAAAGCCUAUGAUGGAAACCCAGAUGACAACACGUGUUGAUGGUCAUUCUUGGGCUCUCUCUGCGGUAGAUGAGUUGAAAAUCGAUAAGAUAAUAACACCUUUAAAUAAGGACCAUAUUCCAAUAACAGAUUCACCAGUUGUUGUUCAACAACAUAUGCUACCCCCAAAGAAAUUUGUCCUGCUUUCUGCUCAGGGGAGUCUUAUGUUUCACAAACUUAGACCUGUGGAUCAACUGAGGCAUCUCCUUGUUAGUAAUUUGGGGGGAGAUGGAGAAGAUAUUGAAAGAUUCUUCAAAUUGCAUCAGGAGGACCAGGCUUGUGCAACUUGCCUCAUCCUGGCUUGCUCCAAUGCUGCCUGUGAUAGAGAAGUAUCUGCUUGGGCAACUCGUGCAUUCUUCAGGUAUGGUGGAGAGGCACAGAUGCGAUUUCCGUCAGCUCUUCCUCCUCCAAGUAAUGUUGGACCCAUCUUGGGAUCUCCUGUCUAUCCUAGUUCCCCCAUGCCUGUCAGUAGUCCAUAUCCCAAUCCAUCUUUUUUGGGAACGCCAUCUCCAGGUGUGCUUUCUCCUACCAUGUCAACACCAAUGUAUCUUCCUGGAAGCCAGUUGACUCAGCCUACUACAAAUGUCGGUUGUAUGACUGGGCCAGAGAUGGUAUAUUCUGGCAAACACAAUGGUAUCUGCAUUUACUUCUCUCGAAUUAUGGGAAAUAUUUGGGAUGCAAGUUUAGUUGUGGAGAGAGUAUUCAAGAGUGGCAGCAGAGAGAUUAUUGCGAUUGAAAGUAGUGUACCACCUCAGCUGCUAGAAUCAGUGCUACAGGAACUAAAAGGUUUGCAAGAAUUUCUGGACAGAAAUUCACAGUUUGCAGGCGGACCCAUUGGGAACCCACAUGCUACCACUGCCAGAGUGCAACAGAGGCUGAUUGGAUUUAUGCGUCCUGAAAAUGGAAGUUCUCAACAAAUGCAACAGGAAUUACAGAGGAAGUUCCAUGCAGAGGCCCAAGUGAGUGAAAAAAUUUCACUUCAGGGGAUCCAGCAGUUGGUUCGCAAAUCAUACCAGGCUUUAGCUUUAUGGAAGCUUUUGUGUGAACAUCAAUUCACCGUCAUUGUAGGAGAGCUUCAGAAGGAAUUUCAAGAGCAAUUGAAGAUCACAACUUUCAAAGACCUGGUCAUUAGAGACAAAGAGCUGACUGGAGCAUUGAUUGCUUCUCUUAUCAACUGUUACAUCAGAGAUAAUGCUGCUGUUGAUGGCAUCAGCUCACACUUACAAGACAUCUGCCCUCUUCUCUAUAGCACAGAUGAUGCAGUUUGUUCCAAGGCAAAUGAACUUCUUCAGCGGUCCCGACAAGUUCAGAGCAAACCUGAAAAGGAAAGAAUGUUAAGGGAAUCACUGAAGGAAUAUCAGAAAAUUAGUAAUCAAGUGGAUCUUUCCAAUGUUUGUGCUCAGUAUAGACAAGUGCGUUUUUAUGAGGGUGUUGUGGAACUCUCACUCGCGGCUGCUGAGAAAAAAGAUCCUCAAGGGCUUGGACUCCAUUUCUAUAAACAUGGAGAGCCAGAAGAAGAUACUGUGGGACUGCAGGCUUUCCAAGAGAGGUUGAACAGUUACAAGUGCAUUACAGAUACACUUCAGGAACUUGUCAAUCAGAGUAAAGCUGCUCCUCAGUCUCCUAGUGUGCCGAAAAAGCCAGGUCCUCCAGUUUUGUCAUCUGACCCCAAUAUGCUGAGUAAUGAAGAAGCAGGACAUCAUUUUGAACAAAUGCUUAAAUUGGCUCAGCGUUCUAAAGAUGAACUCUUUAGCAUUGCUCUUUACAACUGGCUAAUACAAGCAGACCUUGCAGACAAACUGCUGCAGAUUUCUUCCCCAUUUCUGGAGCCACAUCUGGUCCGCAUGGCUAAGGUUGAUCAAAACAAAGUUCGUUAUAUGGAUUUACUCUGGAGAUACUUUGAGAAGAACAGGAGUUUUAGUAAUGCUGCUCGAGUAUUGGCUAAACUAGCUGAUAUGCAUAGCACUGAAAUUUCACUUCAGCAGCGUCUGGAAUAUAUUGCUCGUGCCAUUCUCAGUGCUAAAAGCUCCACUGCCAUUUCAUCUAUAGCUGCAGAUGGGGAAUUCCUUCACGAACUUGAAGAAAAGAUGGAAGUUGCUAGGAUCCAGCUUCAGAUACAAGAAACAUUACAAAGGCAGUAUUCCCAUCAUUCUUCAGUUCAAGAUGCAAUUUCACAGUUAGAUUCUGAGCUAAUGGACAUAACCAAGCUUUAUGGAGAGUUUGCUGAUCCAUUCAAACUUGCUGAGUGUAAACUUGCAAUAAUUCAUUGUGCUGGUCAUUCAGACCCUAUCUUGGUACAAACACUUUGGCAAGAUAUCAUAGAAAAGGAGUUGAACGACAGUGUGACGAUGAACUCCGUAGAUAGAAUGCAGGCUCUUAGUCUGAAAAUUGUGCUACUUGGCAAAAUUUAUGCUGGCACACCUCGAUUUUUUCCUUUAGAUUUUAUUGUACAGUUCUUAGAGCAGCAAGUAUGUAACUUGAACUGGGAUGUGGGAUUUGUGAUACAGACAAUGCAUGAAAUAGGAGUGCCACUGCCCAGAUUGCUAGAAGUAUAUGAUCAGUUGUUCAAAUCAAGGGACCCAUUCUGGACUAGGAUAAAGAAGCCCUUACACCUUUUGGAUUGUAUACAUGUGUUAUUGUCGAGAUAUGUUGAGAAUCCUAACCAAGUGUCUAAUUAUGAGAGACGACGUUUUACAAAUCUCUGCAUGGAUGCUGUUUGCUGUUAUCUUGUUGAACUUCAGUCUAUGAGCUCAACACUAGCAGUACAAGCUAGCACUGGGAAUUUUAAAUCUCUUCAGGCUAAAUUAGAACGACUUCAUUGAUUAAUUUGAUGAAAAUGGACUUUAAAUAUGUGUUCUUUGAGCUGUAAAAUAAAGGUUCUGAUAUAUGUACCCUAGUCCAGAAGAGUAGAUGCCCAGAAGACCUAGGGAAUUAAGUGUGUUGUACAAUCAGUUGGAUUGUAUAGUUUCUGUGUUCUUAACUGUGUGGUAUAUACAAGUGGUAGAAAAUAUGCCAAAUGACUUCUUUUUUUACUACUAGUAUGUUGUGCUAGUCCUUUUAAAAAAUCAUUUUUAUGCAGUUGAAAUAACAUGCAUUGCCAAACUAAAGCCUGUUUUGAAGUCUCUUUUUCACACCUCAUGAUACAUAGAGAUUAAAGAUAGUACAGUGUAUGUGUGUAUGUUUUACAUAUAAAUAUAUAUGCCUUGCUUGUGAUUUUUAUAGUUUAAACAUCCAGAGUUGUCCUAAAAUUAUUUAUAUUUAAGAGAUGUUAGUAGACUUUCUUCCUUACAUUUCCAGUGCAAGUUUGUUGGUAUUGAUUACAUUUAUCGUACAACAUAGUUGAUGUGUUGAUUAAUGUUGCUGAACUGCUUUUUCCCCUUGUUACAACAGGUGGCUUACUGGAGUGAAUUUAAUAAAACAAGACAUCAAUUAAAAUAACAAA